AUGCCACGUCAGUUUGGUCCAAAGCUACGAGCCCAAUAUGCAGCUGCUAGUGAAUAUAGCUUGUCCCUUCAUGAUGACUGCAGUGGAUCAGCUGGUGAAAUUGACGACCCUGAUGCCAGUUACACUGAUUGGUUUCAGGUUGACGACGACGACAAUCCUGGCAUGACUCGUUGGGUGUGCGUAGAAUGUGGGAAGAGUAGUUUUGCGUGGAACGUGAUAGCCGAGAACUGGACAUGCAUGGAAUGUCAUGGAGAUCAGUUUUAUGAUGCCAGGCGACCUGCAAGACACCACACACAACAUGGUACAUGGGUCUACAUGCCUCAUGAUUCGCAGAGCCCUGUGAAGACGCCAUCAUCACAGAAGACUGGAAGGCGAAAGGCGAGACGCCGUCGGCGACACCCUGCCGAUCCACCUGAUGAUUUGAUUGGCGACGGACAGGAAGAGACUGCUGAGUCUGAAGUUGCCACCAAUGACCCAGUAAUUGAUGUGACACCAGCUGGAUCAGUGCGUGCGCGGGGACGACCACAUCGAGCAGAAGCAGUUCAGCCGCGUGUGGAUGACCCUAUUCAAGCAAUGACUGCAGCACUCCAACAACUGGCAAAUGGACAGACUAACCGGAGUUCAACCUCUAGUGAUUCCUGGAUCAGUGCUAUGGGACCUCAACGUGGUGUGAAGUUUCGUGGAGGUGCACCACCGCAACCGCCUGCAUGGAGCUAUUCUGCCUCUGACAUUCGUGCUUAUGAGAAGUAUGAGAGAAAGGUCAAGGUUUGGGAGUUGCAGGUUAAGCACUAUAUGACUGACGCUGAGGCCGCCCUCACUCUUUUCACUUCCUUGCGUGGUGAAGCUGAGCAGGAAUUGGAGUUUGUGGAUGUCAACACCAUCUACCGUAAGGGUGGUGUGGAUACCAUUCUGAGCCAGUUGAAACAAGCCUUCCAGCAGAAAACAGUGUACGUCAAGCGACAGUAUCUGCACGAAUAUGAGUCUAUCGGUAGGUAUCCAGGAGAAUCACUCCGAGCCUUCAUCAAUCGAUAUCGUCGUGCAGAAGCUUCCUUGCGUGCAAUCAACAUAGAUAUCAGUCUGACGUACGAUGAUGAGAGUCGCGGUUCACGGUUGCUGGAUCGAGCCCGACUGACCACUGAGCAGCAGAGGUUGAUUUUGGUAGGUACAGGUCAAGCCCUUUCAUUUGAUGCCAUUCGUGCGGCACUCAUGCUUCAGUUUCCGGAGCACAAGCCGACACCUCCUGUUGCUGGCCGUGAAUCCAACAAUGCUCCAUAUCAGCCUAAGGGAUUUGGAAAGAAUCACCAAGGUUCUACUUCGACUUCCUCAUCCUCUACAUCCUCAAUUGGAGGUGGAAAGGGGAAGGGUUCUGGAAAGGGACCACGAAGAGUGUAUCAGACUGAGACUAUUCAAGAAGGUGAUGAAAAUGAGGAACAGGCAGAAGAAGGUGACAACGAAGUCCCCGCUGAUGACCAGCCUGAGGAACAAGGGGAUCCUGAAUGUGAAGAUGCAGAAGCAGAAGUACAAGAAGAGGAUGCUGCCAAUUUGGCUGAAGUUCUCACCGUCACUGCUCGAAAGUUGGCGAAUGUCACGCAGGGCAGGAAAUACUCAGGUCAGCCAAAGAAGAGCAUCCAAGAGAAGAAACGGACUUCGAUGUGUGCAGCCUGUGGCAUCAAAGGCCAUUGGGCUGGUGACCCAGAAUGCGAGAUGACACCGAACCAGCAGACAGACUCAAAGACUACAUCCUCCAGUUUCACUUCAUCCCAAAAGGGAAAAGACAAAGGUCAAAAAGGCCGUGAGGAUUCGAGCAGUUCUGCCAAAAAGGUGAUGACCGUUCACCACAGCUCUGGGUAUGACACCACCGUCGAAUACAUGCCACCUCAUGAACAACCUCAUCCACAUUUUGCUAUGGUUUGCACUUUGCCACAUGUUUGCCUGAGCACUUCAACAUCUAAGACCUUUGGUUUCAUGAUCAUUGACACGGCCUGCCAACGUUCUUGCUGUGGAAAGUCAUGGGCAUCACUGCAGGCCGAACAUUUGGAGUCCUUCCGCCUCAAGAUUCAUCACGAGGCCAGCUCUGAGCGGUUUCAGUUUGGAGCAGGACCCCCAAUGGUUUCUUUGGAGAAGAUUUGGAUGCCCAGCUCAAUUCAAGGCUGCUGUUUGAUUUUGGGAGUCGAUGUGAUUGAUGCCAAUAUUCCUUUUCUUGGAAGUUUUCGUUUGCUGAAGCGUUUGGGUGCAGUGAUUGAUUUGAAUCAGCAUGUCGUUCACUUCAACAAGUUGCAUGUCACCACAUCUCUUUCACGUGUUGAUGGACACCUUGCGAUUCGAAUAGAUGAGUUUCCACAUUCACCCAAUCGUCUUCGCAUUUGGUCCAUGAUUGCUGAUGCUGGUUUUCAUGAUCCUGAAGUUGCCACAGUUUUGACACUUGAGCAAGCGGCCGACGACACUGCUGUGAACUCUCAAGCAAUUCGUCCGCUACCUGAGCCAACUCACCAUGGAUUUCAACCCUGUUGUGAGGAAGCGAUGGAAACGCCUCAGUGCCAAGCUGCUGGAUUUCGGCAAGAACUUGGCUGUUCAGCUAUUCCAGGCAUUUCGUCUGGGAGUCAUGGACAAGAAGACAUACAUGAACUAUCUCCAGGAGAAGGACAACGCCCCUGUCAAGAACCGCGGCACCAAAGCAAGCGCGAAGACAGCGGCCCAGGAACAUCAACAGAACCUCCAAAGAGAUUGCCAACACCUGGAGUUCAAAAGGCACGGGAACCGCCACGGAAGCUAUGCGACGUGCCUCAGAUGCAAAGCCAGAUGGCUGUGGGACGGAACCGGAUGGAAGUUGCAUGGCUGCUCCUCCAGAUUGUUGCUGCCUCUGCCAUCUUUCUUGACGACGGUGGACGGUUCCAUUCAAGCCCCAGCUUCACAGGCGGAUUAUCUGCCCCUGAAAGCACUGGCCAGCAAGGCCAAACCCAAGCCUGGUUCGGGAACGAGGCAACCAAAGACCAGAUCCAGGCCACCUUCUAUGACAUCCUCAGCGGCAGGCCAUCUGCUCCGAGAGGAGGAACUCCAGGAUGUGGAUCAGGACAUGGAUCUACUCAGCCUAUACAGCUGGUCGGACGUCGCAAGCGAUUGACUGGUGAUUUGAAGAAGAACAUAAAGACCCUGGAGGCCGAGGUGCACGUCAUGCAGCACAUGCCAUUCGAGCGCAACAACAAGAAAAACGCUGUUGAUGUUUUUGAGCUGUUUGCUGGAACAGCCAAAGCAACUCGUAUGGCAGGUCAGUAUGGACUCAAUGCCCUGGAACCCAUCGACAAGAACGAUGGCAAGGACCUCCAGGACCCAGUCAUUCAGAAGAUGGUUGAAGAGGCCAUCGAUCGCUUUUCGCCGCUCCUGAUGCUCAUUGGUUUUCCUUGCACCUUCUGGAGUGUGAUGAAUGAAAACUGCAACUACAGCUGGAGAAUGCAUGAACUUGAAGCUCUGCGUGAACUUGAAAGACCUCUCCUUCGCUGGGUUGCAGACCGAAUCAAACAACAGGCUUUGGCUGGCAGGUUCUUUGCCUUGGAGAACUCUGCCAAGAGCAGAAUUUGGGAUGAGCCUCCAGUGAUCGAGCCCAUGGACUUGCCUGAUGCUCAGCUCGUCACUUUGGACGCAGGUGCCUUUGGAGCCACCGACAAAGAUGGAUUUCCAAUCAUCAAGACCCACAAGUUCUUGGUGAAUAGCCCUGCUUUGGCUCAGCUGCUUCACAGACGUCUCAAUGCCCAAGAACGCCAGAUGUGCAAGCCACUGGAAGGUAUCAAUGUGACCAACUCGCAAGUCUAUCCUGAUGAGCUGGUGCGCACAAUUUUGAGAUUUGUGAAGCAGGAGGCCAAGAAGCUCAGUCCUUUGCGCUUCGAAAAGCCUUUCGAAGUUUGUUUUGCACAGCCUGUUGAUGAUGAAGAUGCAUGGCGCCGCAUUUUGAAUGAGGUCACCAACACCUUUGCCAACAGCUCAGUUCGAGUUUUGACUUUGCAGCCUGGCCAGGAGCUGUACCGAAAGAUUGAGGAGAUGGUGCCUUGGGAGAUUGUCAGGGUGCAGAUCGCCAAAACACCGGUGACUAGAAGACUUCCACGGGAUAUUCCUUUCACUCACCGUGGAGCUGCACUGCUGUACUCCGACGAAGGCAUGGCGCUGGAAGCUGAGGACCUCAGCAAUGUGGCAUUCCCCAAGCAGCGCUUUAGCAAAGCUGUUCAGUCCGCUGUCUUCUUCUUUGGACUUGCAGAAGAUGACAGCAAGAAACAAGCGCUAAGAACAGCCGAUGAUGCUGAAGAACAGGAAGGUCCUCAUCUGCCGGUCCCUGGACUUAAGACCGAUGUGACCUUCCCUGGCGCUCCAAAGACUUUGCCAGCAGCAGUCAAGGCCUCAGUGGCUCGACUUCACCUCAACACUGGCCAUGCCCAUAAGAAGGAGCUCAUUCGACUUCUCUCCUCCUAUGGGUCAAUCAAUUCAGCCACUUUGACUGCCAUCAAUCACAUGGUUUGUGGUUCAUGUGAACGAACCAAGCCACCAGCACCUCCUCGCCCAGCAUCCAUUCCACAGUUCAUGGGCCAAUUUGGAGAACGAGUUCAGGUUGACAUUGUCUACAUCCGAGAUCUUUCUGGAUCGAAUCAUCCUGUGCUCGGAAUGGUUGACAUGGCCACCCUGCUCCAACAAGCAGUUCGUCUUCACAGUAGAGCCUCAGCUCAUGUUGCAGACCAGUUCAGACGCAGUUGGUUGAUGCCCUAUGGAUAUCCUUUGGUCUGCGAAGUUGAUGCUGAUGGAGCCUUUGAAGGCGACUUUAGAACUGCCUUGGAAGACGCUGGAGUUCACUAUGUGGUGAUACCUCCUGAAGCGCAUUGGCGCAUAGGAACUGUGGAGAGGAGGAAUGCAGUUCUUCGAACAGCUGCUGAACGUUUGAUUGAUGAGAAUGCUGUGACCAAUGGCGAGGGCAUUGAUUGGAUUUUGAUAUCAACUGUCCAAGCCUUGAACAGCAGCACGGCCACCAAGGGACGCAGCCCCUAUCAGGCCGUUUUUGGUCGACUUCCACGUUUUCCUGGCGACCUGAUGAGUGAUGAUCGUGCAAUGAUUGUUUCAGAUCAUCAAAUGCUUGCUGAAGAACUUCGACAACAAGCCUUGCGAGUCAUCAGCGAGACCAGAGCGUCCCAAGUCAUUCGAAGAGCCUUGCUUCGAAAGACCAAGCCCAACAAGGAGGAGUCUCAGGCCAUUUUGCCUGGAAGCCUUGCUGCCUACUGGCGAUGGACCAAACGAGCUGCCGGCAAGAAGAAGGGUGGCUACGUUUUGGGCAGACUUCUCCAUCAUGAUCCCGAUGGCAAAUCUGCAUGGAUCCAAGCUGGAUCUUCUGCAGUUCAAGUGACCUAUGAGCAGCUGCGCCCCACGUAUGGACUUGAAGCGUGGAACCCUGACAUGGAGGACAUUCGGCUCUUGAAGAAUGCUGAGAAGAACCUCACGCAGGGCAUGUGGAAAGACCAUCGGGGACCACCUCCACCAGAAGAUGAACCGAUGGAACCUGACCUAGCGGUUGAGGCUGAAGAUGAAGAGAUGGGCGAAGCCAUGGCAAUUGAGCCUGGACUCUUGCUUGGAGAGCCACAACCUUCUUUUGUUCCUGAGCCUCCUGUUUUGCCAGUUCCACUUCAUCAUCCUUCUAUGCUUCAACAACCAAUGGCGAUGAACUACUCUCCAGUGUACAACCAGAGCAUUCGCCAAGAUGUUCAGAAUUUUCUUCCUUUCGAGAUGGACCAGAGGAAUGUUCGACCUCGACUUCAUGAAGAUUUGGAUGUGCAACCUUCACCCACAUCACCAUUGUCUGAUAUACAACCACCACCAUUAUCAGCACCACCUUCAUCACAACAUAAUUUAUUACCACCAUCAAUUCCAAGUCCGGAACAUUCACAACAUCUUGAAGUACCAGCUCUUCAAGCCGAACCUCUACCAGCACCAUCAGAUGCAAUUCCUUCAGAACCACAUGAAGUGAUUCCACCACCACCUGAAGUUGCAGCAGCUGAUGUUGCCAUUCCAAUUGACAGCUCAAGCAAUGGCCUUGGCAGCUCACAACCAACAGUUCGCGUUUCCGAGAACUCUUCAGGACCACCAUCAACCGCAGCGCUGAUGACCAACCACUUCACUUUUGUGGUUCAGCAGGUCCCUGAAGAGCCCUACUACACGUUUGAACGUGUUGAGGACGGGUGGGAUGGCAAUGUGAAAGCCAUUUCUCCUUUGACCUCCACAGCCUUUCGUGUGGCUGCAGCCAAGGUCGAGAACGAAGAGAUGUCUAGUGAUUCAUCAGAUGAUGAGCAAUCACCAACGAUGGAACGUCUUUCGAGACAAGAACGGAAAGCCAUGGAUCGAGAAAUUCCCUGGCGAGUGAUUUUGGAAAGCCCUCCUGAGACUGUCGAGCUCUACGUUGAGGCCAACCGCAAAGAAUUUUCCAGCUGGCUGAGUUGGGGCUGUAUCGCUCCUUUGAAGCCCGACAAGAUCAAGGAGAUCAAAGCAACUCCUUCUUUGCGACGGAGAAUCAUUCCAUCACGCAAUGCCUAUCGAGACAAGAACCGUGGAGCUGGACCCACUGUUCGUGCAAAAUGUCGCACAGUGGUGCUUGGAUGCCAAGACCCAGAUUUGGCUACCCUAGCCCGAAGCUCACCAACACCUUCCAAAACAGCAGAAAUGAUUCUUUUGCAGAUAGCAGUGUCUGGCAUGAAUCAACUUGUGGAGCUCACCAACAAGAAAUGGAAGUUGUGGAGUGGAGACGUAAGUACAGCGUUUCUGCAAGGCACUCCUGAGCCUCGAAGCCAGCCACUGUUCAUGCGUGCACCACGUGAUGGAAUCCAGAAGCUUGCCAACACUUUCCCGGACGAGCUCUACGAGGUGUGCGGAAAUCUGUAUGGAUUUGCUUCAGCACCACGCACCUGGUGGACCAAUGUUUUAGGUACCACAAAGAAGCAUGCCUUUUUCCAGCACCGCUAUGACAGAUGCUUCCUGAUCAAGCGCGAUGCCGAAGAGCGCCUGUUGGUCGUCAUGAUCAUCCAUGUGGACGACUUUUUGGUGGCCUUCCGGGAAGACUAUGAUGUAAGCGAGCUUGAGCAGAUGUUCACCUGGGGUUCAACAACCUUGCUGACCGAGGACAACUGCAUUGUUUUUCGUGGAAAAGAGAUCCGAAUGAAGAAUAUGCAGGGCAAGAUCACUUUGCAUGUGACACAGCAAGCCUUCAUCGAUGAGAUGAGCACCGGCAAGCUUGGCCGUGGCAGAUUGGUCAGCGAAGAGUUGAACGUAGCUGACUGGAGUGAGUUCAGAUCAGUUGCGGGCUCACUGCAAUGGCUGGGUGGACAGACCCGUCCAGACCUCUGUUCAGCUGUGAGCUUGGCUAACAGGGGAAAAGAGACAACCUUGCAGAACCUCAAGAUGCUGUUUGAGUACAUUGAGAUUGCCAAGAAGACCAAAGACGUAGGUCUAUGCUUCCAUCCUGUGCCCUUCAACAAGGCCUCGAUGAUUGUGGGGUAUGGUGAUUCGAGCUGGGCAAACGCCCCUGGUGGCAAUUCUCAGAUGGGCAGCUUGGUGCUCUUUGCUUCACCUGACUGCUUAGAGCACAAGAGCUACGUCAGCAUCUUGGACUGGAAGAGUGCAAGAUCCCCAAGAGUGACACGAUCCACUCUUGCAAGUGAAGCCAAUGCGAUGGAUGAGACAGUGGAUAGGGCGACCUACAUAAAUUACUUCAUCACUGCUUUGCUCUAUGGCACCACCGCCACUGGGAAACCUCACCCUGAGAGUACAGUGGAACGACGGAAACUUAUCGCAGACAAGGUCACUAAUGCCGGCAGAAAAUACAGUAUCCUUUGGGUGGAGGCCGUGUGUGAUGAUGAGGAGGUUCGCUACAGUCCAGACUUCCAACAGAUGACCGAAGAGCAGGCCAUGCAGGACCUCAAGCAGCGGAUCGCCAACUAUGAGGAGAUCUACGAGACCGUGCAGGCGGCCGAGCGGCGGGAUGGGGUCGAAGGCAGCAUACAAGGCUAUCGGCAUCUUUUUGGAGUGAGUCUGCAACUGCCUUUGAGGCAGCCACCAGAUGAGGUUUCCCCUUGGGACGCCACAGCUGCCGCCGCCGUCGCCGCCGUCGCCGCCAUCGCCGUGGCCGUGCGGACGCCGCGGUGUCGCGGUGACGGCGUUUCGACGGCGGUGCGGCCGCCCGCAGGGCCUGGCAUCGUGGAGUUGCUGUCGCAGCUUCGAAACGCCUUCGACACGCAAGAGACCUGGGUCAAGGAACAUGGGAAGAUUUUCGAGACAUGGACACCCUUAGCCAAUGUGGUGUGCUUGUCCGACCCUGCAGCCAGCCGCUACAUCGCUGUGAAGCAGGGGAACAACUAUCGGGAUCCAUGUGCCUAUGGUAGGGACCUGCAACUCUCCGAGCGCAUCGAAGAUGCCCUGGGUCCUGGGAGCAGUUUUCCAAGCUUCGAGGCUUGGCGCUGGAGGAAGCAAUCCUUGCAGGGCGAGCUCAGUUUCCAACGACUGCUGAGGUCUCCGGAGCUCCUCAGAGCUUUGGUAGACCUGGGUGAAGAAAUGUGCCAGACCCUGGACGCAGCUGCGGCGACUGGAAGCAUCGUGCGAAUGAACCAAGCCUUCUCACGGGCCACGGCAGGGGCUGUGUUUCAGCUACUCUUCGGGCGGAGACUGGAGUUUGAUUCCCUGAAGCUUGAAGAGAGCACACAGGAAGUCAUGGAAUGCUUGGAAGGGUUGCUGAUGCCCCUUCACUUGCCUGCUCAGAAAGACGCGCUCCUGGCAAAGCGAAGCCACGCCCAUAGCAUCAUUGAUGCAGUGGUGGAACCAGAGCUGGAACAGCUUCUGGAGGAGGUUCGUUCGGGUCAACGAGCCCCAGAUCGUGCGCCAGCUCUUUUGGAGGCCAUGCUACUAAAGGAGCCACGCUGGCAAGGGGUUGGCCUUGAGAAUCUCUUGGCUGAGGUUCGGAACUUUGUGAAUGCAGGCUACGAAAUUCAGGCAUUUUCCCUUUCCUUCACCGUGGGCUUCCUGGCGGAGCCGCGCCAUAGGCGCUGGGCGGAGACCGCCCGGCACGAAGCGGUCUCAAUCAUGGAGUCGGGUUUCGAGAGCAAGAGCCUGUUGUCCAAGACGGAGUCUAUGCAAGACAUUUUCAACGAGGCAUUGCGUUUGCUGCCCCCAACACCAACACUGACUGGAGUCGCAUAUGAUGACUUUGAGGUUGCCCUGGACGGCAGGAACUACCUCAUCAGCAAGGACACCACCCUGAACUUCCAGGUCCUGGCUGGACAGAGAUCCUCGGACUUUGGACGCUGCCCAUUGCACUUUGAUCCUUCACGCUGGCAAGGACUGAAGUCCUCAAAGUUGAUGACCUACAACUUCGGUGCUCAUAGCUGUCCUGGAAGAGACAUGUCCUCUUUGGAAGCCAGGGUUUGGCUCCCCAUGCUGCUCUCCCGCUUUCGCUUUGAGCUCGUCGAUGUCGAAAACAUGGAAGUAGACUCGACGGGUUUGCACUUGAAGCCCAAAGAUGGCUUGAAGUUGCGCGUCUUUAGAAGUUGGGCACAGAAAAUGGGCGGCUGGUUGCCACUGCUUCGGAUGGAGGUGAUGUGGGAUGAUAUGCUUCAAACUUUAAGACGCAGUGGACCAAGGCUCGCGGCCCAUUUGGUUGACUCGGGCAGGCGCUUGAGGGAGCUCUAUACAGAGCUCCUGGACGCAGCUGAGAGCUGCACUGUUGUGGGAGGACCCCCUGUGGCAGCAGGGCAGUCUCCCGGAGGCCGAGAAGUAGGCCCGAACGAAGCCACCGCCAAAGCACCUCCUGCCAAGCCAUCUGUGGAGGGUGCCCCUGCUGCCUCUGGAGAAGAAGCUAACGUCAAAGCAGAGAAGUCGGCCUCUGGAAGUGGGGAGCCAGGUGGGAGUGAGGAACAAGGCCGAAGUGUGGGCUCCUGUUCGCGGCCACGGGCCAGCUCUGCUCGGGCAAGGCGGCCGGCUGCUGCUGUAGAGGGAGGUCCCCAGAAGUCUCCCGAGGAGCGGUGGGCCCAAGGUGAAGAACUCCUGGCAGUGGAGUACACUCCCGGUUUGUUUGGGAGCGGGGCUUGGAUCAGGUCGUGCCAAGCUUCAUACUUUGAAUCGGCGUGUGAGUUUGCCGGAGUGGUGGACAAGGUGGUUUUGCAAGAGAGGGAGGUUGAGUUGGUUAUCAACUUGACGGGCACGUCAAACGAGGAGCUGUUGCGGUACGCGUCUGGGAUUCAGCCACCGGUGGUGAGAGCCCAUUUAUGUGGGCCAAGCUGCAACCAAAAGAGGGUCAACCCGGACCUGGUGCACCUCUCCCGCUUCAGGCAGCUCCUAGCCGAUCAGGAGAAGACGUGGGAAGAGAAUUUAAAAGAUCCAGACGAGAACAAAGAGCUGAGAUCGAGGCAGGAAGCAUGGGAGAGAGAUCGCAGGUUGAAGGCCAGGGAGGCCGAGGAAGACACAGACUCCCGAGAGAGGGGAGGAAAGAAAAAGAGAGCAAAAACAAAGGAAAAGAAAAAAGAAAGGAAAGCCAAGAACCGGAAAGUGGGGGGAAAAGCUAUGGCCAAGAAGAAGGUGGCAGAUCUUUACACCGGAACUGGGCUGGAUCCGGAUCCAAAGGCAAGAAGGCGCAUCAAAAGAAAGGCAAAGAAGAAGCUCAAAAAAUCAAAAACCUCCUCAUCGUCCUCAAGCCAAAGCUCCGAGUCCUCCAGCAGCGUCGAAGGAGACUUGGGCUUGCUUCAGGACCGAAACAAGGUCCAGUUGCUGGCGGAGGUGGCGCCCGGAGUGCUGACAGAAGAGUCUUUGCAACACAUGAAGACUCACGUCCUCCAGGCCUCAGGGUCUACGUGGGCAAUGGACUCGGACAGCCUCCCGCCGAUAGUGAGCCAAUAUAUGAGGAGUCACAUAGCUCCUCGAGCUUCGGGAGGAAUACUACGCGAAGUAGUGACAAUUGCCCAUGCCCUGGACCUGCUUUUGCAGGCACGUCCAGCGGAAGCUGCGGACACUUUGAGUCAGAGGCUAAAGAGCCUCGAGUUGACCAUUUCAGGUCAACCGUGGGCUACUUCGCAAAAAAUAGAAGUAGUUCCACAGCUCGAAGCUACGAUGGCUUCCAGAGCCGAAGUCCAAGUAGCGCAAAAGGAGGCGCGGCUGGAUGUUCAAGCCAAAGGCCCCAGCGCGAGCUGGGACAAGGGCAAGACCAAGGGCAAGGACAAAGACAAAGGGAAGGAGAAAGGCAAAGGAGGCAAGACCAGAGACGAGGGAAAGAAAAGCUUGGGUCGAGUGGCAGGCGAGAAAGAAGGAGAGCUUGCUGGAGAUCGAGGGUGCAGAGGCAUCGACUACCGAGGAGAAGAGAUCAUGACAGCACAACCUAUGAGAUGGGAGAACGACCAGAUUUACACCAAGCCCCCGAGGGUCAUGGUGCCUCCCGAAAAUUGGGAGGAGUUUUGUAGGUACCGCAAGGAGGAGAAGCUGAACUUCGCAAGGCCCCUGAUGACCCAAACCCGGAAGAAACUUUCAGGGCAGGGCAAGCAACUGGUGUACAAACUCUUGUCGCAAGUCAGCAUCAAAGGCUCAGAUGGCAGCGAUCGUACCUCAAGCCUUUCAAAACAAGGUCAGCAGUUUGCACAGCGCUUGGCAAACUUUGUCAAGACCCGCGCUGGAUGCUAUUGGGAGAGAUCUAGAAAGCCAGAGGAGCGGGGCUGCCUCAUCAGGUCAGAAGGCGUUGAGACAGCCUUUUUGACAUGCUUCCUUUGCCACAAAUCGCAGCUGAUUGGGCCUUUGGCCGAGAUUUUGAAGCGCAGGCGUAGCACCAACUGCGCCAUUGGUUUGUUUGUCGAUUUCAAGAUGCGGGCAAAGUGGAGAAAGGAUGGCUUAAAGUGUCAUGUUACACGACACUACGCCAAGGGCAACAUCACACCUGAGGAUCAAGUGCCGCCCGAGACGUCAAGCCAAAGUUCUAGCUGGACAUCUUCCAUCUGGCUCUAUGGUACCUUUUCCUUGCUUGGUGUCUUGCUUUCAUUGGCCACACGCCUUGGUGGGCCAGAUGCGGCCAUGAAAUACCAGAACCUGGCAAAUUGGGUGAGUAGCCAUGGCGGAUUUGUAUCUGCCAAGCUCAGAUAUGUCGAUGGGACAGUCAAAGGGGCCAUGCUCGUAGCGGCUCAGAACAUCAAAUCUGGAGAAAAGAUAUUGCAGAUUCCACGGGAUCUUCAAAUCAGUGAUGCCUCCAUUCGCCAAAGAAGCGACCUUCCCUCACAUGUUGACGGAAUUGAUGACUUGAGCCUCGGUCGAAGUGGAGUGGCAGCAAUGGCAGCAUGGCUUUCGAGCCAAUAUGGUAGCUUUUUGCAAAGCCCUGCAUCUGUGGGAAUAUGGCAGCCAUGGUGGGACAUGUUCUCACCUCCCUUUUCCAUGCCGUUUUACCGAGAGACGCGGGAGCAGUUGCUGCUGGUCGGUUCCUUUGAGUUUCAAGAGAUCAGACGUAGCCUUUUCUGGUACACACGCGACUUUGAAAAGCUCACGGCAUCCUGCAAGACAAAAUGCAGCAAAGAACUGCAGAUGAUGGACAUGAACACCUACCAGGCAGUGAACCAGUUCAUUCUCUCGCAUGCAGCCAAAGGUCCAGGAGGAAAGCCACAUAUCAUUCCAAUCUUCGAAUUUCUGAAUCACUUGCCAGAGUUAACUUCAGAUUUGAACUACGAGAUGGACGACAACGGAGAUUUGGUGGUUUCGGCCAAAUGGGAAAUCCCAGCAGAUGAGGAAAUCACUAUCAGUUAUGGUCGCAGAUCCAAUCCCGAGCUCUUGGCCUCGUUUGGCUUUGCGGAUCCGCCGUUUCUGGAGCCCUUUUGGUCCUUGCGGAUCUUCACGCAGGAGCGGAAGCGAUCGCGGUCCCCAGGGAGCGCUGGGAGCUCGACGGGGGUGUUGCGCAUCAUGCGCGUGCAGCGCCUACUUCGCGUGGUGGGUAUCUUCCGCUUGCUGCGGGUGGAUCGCCUGGCCCCGCUCCGCAAGCGCUUCGAGCUGUUGCUGCCUGUGCCCAGUGAGAGCUUGAGGGUGCUGUUUCCAAUUCUGCGCUCCUUCUUUGCUCUGAUACUGGCGAUUCAUUUGCUUGCCAGCAUGUGGUGGAUAGUUGGAUGUGUAGAGAACGGCUGGGUGCUGGUCGAAGGACUCAAGGAGGCGCCUUUCGCCGAUCAAUACAUGAGAAGUGUGGAAUGGGCCGUGUCGCGGCUACCUGCUUCGUCUUUAAGGAACAAUGUGGAACUUGCCACCGCCGCAGAGCGUUGGCUUGCCAUCAGUGCAACCUUUAUCGCCCUGGUCUCCUCUUCUCUGUUUGUCGGCGUUCUGACCAAUGUCUUGGCCGACUUGACUUCGAGAAGAAAGAAGAUGAAUCAGAUCUUGGAAUCAGUCCGGAAAUAUUGUGGCGACAGUCACAUGCCCUUCACGUACACGAUGAAAGUGCGUCGCUUCGUGGAGCGUGAACAUCAUCGUCAGAGCAUGCAUGGACACAUGGAGUUCUUGCAAACGCUACCUGAGGGCAUGGUGAGUGAACUCUUUCAUGAAGCGCGCAGCAGGACUUUGCGGCGGAGCCAUCCUUUCCUGAAGGAGAUUGGGAAAGGCAACCGGUGCAUGGAAAUCGAUUUGUGCAUGAAAGCUGUGAACGAGCUGUAUCUGCUGGAGAAUGACACGCUCUUCGAUGCAAACCAGCGCAGCAAGGGCAUGUACAUCUUGGCCGCGGGGAAAUUUGAUUACGUUCCUCGAGAAGCGCAAGCAGGAGUGGCUGCCCGAAAUGUGCUGAAUUUUUUGAACUUCACAUCUUGGGGCACACACAGAGGGCUUCGUCCCUCCAACAGUUUCAUGUCGGACGCGGAUGAACCACAGGUCAUGGCCAUGAGCCUCCGCGCGGACGACUACCUGUCAGAGCAAGGGCUUUGGAUCAAGGGAUGGAGGCAUUGUGGCCGCGUGGGAACCUGCAGUGAGCAAAGUCGGGCGCUGCUCUUGGGCAAACAGGCGUUCCAUGCUGUGUUGCGAGAACACUCAGACGUCUUGGCCACUGUCGUGGUCUACGCACGAUUCUUCGUGGACACCAUGAACGCCAUGCCUGCAAUGUCUGAUUUGCCUUUAGAAAUGGGUCAAACGGGGAUUAACCGAAUGUUCAAAUUCAAGCUGGAAAGCCCAGAGUUUGAAACGGUGCUUCCUUAGAUGCAGAACGACCUGUCC